UUUUCUCCAAUCAAAAUAAAUUCACGUCGUAAUCGUAUUGGAAAAAGUGCACCAUAUGAAGUUUUCCUAAAAAAAUAUUAAAAUUCCUGAUUUACACUGCUCGUAUAAUUUGUAAUUGUAAUAAACAUCGAAAGUAUCUUCAGUAAUGGGAAACGCAGGUAGUAAUCUUCCACGCGAGCGUCACAAGUCAGGUUCGCAUGAUCUUAUUCCGGGAUCACCACUCAAGGACGGACAGGCUUUUGUGUUCGAUAAAAAACCGGACCCGAAUCAAAGAUUGGUUUUUCAAAGGAGUGAUGAUGAUGUCGAACCGUAUUAUUCAAAGUCGGUACCGGAACCGGAGUUUCUACGGGAACAUCGUAAACGAUCCAAUACUGUCUCGGAGGAUCCGACAUUGCAGUCUGAGGAAGACGGGAAUGAUGACCAAAAAACGGCUCUACCCACUGUUUUCAAGUGGGAAGGUGGUGGUAAGCAGGUUUACAUAAGCGGAACGUUUUCUGAAUGGAAGGCUUUACCGAUGGUUAAAAGUCAUGGUGAUUUCGUGACGAUCAUUGAUCUUCCGGAGGGGGAUCACCAGUACAAGUUUUGCGUUGACGGAGAAUGGAAGCAUGAUCCGCGAUUGAAAAACAUUGAAAACGACGUUGGUACCAAGAAUAAUCUGGUGUCUGUUCGCCAGUCGGACUUUGAAGUUUUCCAAGCUCUCGCCAAGGACAGCGAAGAUACUGGUAAAGAUGAGACCAAAGAAUACAGCCAAGAUAUACCAACGAGUAAGCCUUGGGGUAAGGAGUCGGGACCACCUGUGUUGCCACCGCAUUUGUUACAAGUUAUUUUGAACAAGGACACGCCCCUAUCGUGUGAGCCUACUUUGCUUCCGGAGCCAAAUCACGUUAUGCUGAACCACUUGUAUGCGUUAUCUAUCAAGGACGGUGUGAUGGUUCUCAGUGCCACUCAUCGAUAUCGGAAAAAGUACGUCACGACACUGCUGUACAAACCCAUUUGAAGUGGGACAACCGGUAUUCGGUUUGCUAUUGCUAUCUCAGCUCUUGUUUGGGUAGACUAAUUGUAAAAGUGCAUGAAUUUUAUUAUGUUAUUUUAUAGAUGGUAGAAGAGUUUCGAUUGGAAUAUUAGUUGCAUAAUUCAGUAAUGAAAGUUAAAACGUGAGAAACUUUAAAGAAAGGGUAAGCGGUAAGUUAUGUGUAACCAACCCUUUCCGGUCUUUGAUCUGUAUGUAUUCACUAUUUCGGAACUACAUUUGACGAAUAGAUUGGUAACAAUACCGAUGAAUAGGCAAUUGUGUGAUUAAACUUCCAGGCUUGUUUUAAUAAAGUGUUUGCCAUUCUAAUAA